AUGUCACAGCCCAAGGUUGCGGUGUCGAUGAACCCGCUUCACGUCCGGGACCCAGAAGUCGAUGGUCCACAGGGGGAUGCCAUCCCCUUCUUCUACGACGGCAAGUACCAUCUCUUCUACCUAGAGGCGCCGGCACUCAAGUACGACCAGCCUGACCGCGGCCGCACUCCCUGGCGACAUAUCGUCAGCGACAAUCUCGUCGACUGGCACGACCUAGGAAUUGCGUUGCCCCUCGGCACAGGCGAUGAUCCCGACGUCGAUGGGAUCUGGACAGGUUCGAUCAUUGCAGUCGACGGCGUGCUGCACGUCUUCUACACCGGUGGCCGGCGUGCAGCGAGUAUCCCGCAGACAAUCUGCCAUGCGACGAGCACGGACGGCGUGGUGUUCAAGAAGAGUCCCUCAAAUCCGAUCCAUUUCCCGCGGAGCGACUGGUUCGAACAGCGCGACUGGCGUGAUCCUUUUGUGUUCUGGAACAAAGAGCAUAAGCAAUACUGGAUGCUCGUCACAGCGCGUGCGCGCGAGGGCCCUCUCGGACGUAGAGGGGUGAUCGCGUUGAGUACUUCUGAUGAUCUCGUGACCUGGACCACUGUGCGCGAACCUUUCUACGCCCCAGGCAGCACAUACUCGAUGGAAUGCCCCGAGGUAUUUCGCCUCGGGGGGAAGUGGCGGCUGGUCUUUUCCCGCUUCACCGAGCAUGCCGCCACCGUCUACCGCGAGGCGGAAGAUCUAAGCGGUCCAUGGCGCACGCCGAAAUACCCGGCAUUCGAUGGCGCCCACUGGUAUGCCGCGAAGUCUCUGGAGGACGCGCAGGGACGCCGGAUUGCCUUUGGCUGGGUCCACGAUCGGCGCGGCUUCACAGAGGGAGGUGAAUGGCUGUGGGGCGGGGACAUGUGCCUGCCACGCGAAAUCUUCGUUGGUGAAGAUGAUCGUUUGUGUGUACGGAUGCCGAGCGAAGUUGACGACCAAUUCAUGUCCGAACGGCCCCUCUUGAUUCGACAAGCAUCCGGUAGUACGACGGCAGAAUGGGAAGCUAACGUGGCCGGUGGCUUCUCGGUAGCCCAGAUCGAGACUGGCGCUCUACCGUGCGCCCUGACCCGGCUCUCGGUUGAAGCUGAUAUCCAGGACCUCGCCGGCGGAGUGGGCCUGGCGCUCUACUCCAACCCCGGGCUCACAGAAGGUCUGCUGCUCUUCUUCGACGCCAGCACUGGAGCCGUCAGCUUAGGCGGUCCCACGGGAGGACAGGAAGACGACCGUCUGCCGGUGCCCGCGGUGACGAAUCGAAUCAGGGGCCGUUCUCAUGGAAAGCUCCAAAUAGACUUGUAUCUACGCGGAGACGUGCUCGAGAUAUUCGUCGAUAGACAGGUCGCGCUGUCGUAUCGCCAAUACUUCGAUCGCCCGUUCACGGCUAAGCCGUACGUUGAAGAUGGGGUCGUCACAUUCACGGCGAAACUGGCAACGCGGGGAGAUUAA